UGGCAGUCCUGGGAGUCAGCCGGGAGGUUUUGCAGUUGACGGGUUCUUUUUUAUGAUGAAGAAUAAUGGAGGCCAGUGAUGAUGAUGAUGCAAAACUCGAAGAAGAAAUAGAAGCUGAGUUGGAUAAAAUCAGCAUUUCCUCCUUGGAAGAAGAAGAAGAGACUGAGAGCGAUUCAGUGUCAGAAACCCUGAGCUAUGACAGUGACAUCAGUGAAGAUGAGUUAUCAGAUUCAGUUAUUCACUGUAUUAACACCAUAAAGAACUCAAGCAAAACUGUUGAAGAAUUCAUUCUUCAGGACUUAGAAGAUACUGAUGUCUUAAGCAGUAAUUAUGGAGCUGUUUCUAAAAAUCAUAUGCACCUAAGGAUGGGGUUAUUAACUACAUGUAAAGAAAAUCCUGAGCAAUUAUUGAAGGUAUUAUCAGGAAUAGAAAAAGAAGAUCUGAUGAGAAGCGCAUCCUCUUGUGCUAGUUCUGCUUCUCCUUCUGAGCUUGGUCCUCUUGAUUUGCCUAUGGAUGACUAUGUUUUCGCAGAUGAUACAGAUAUAAACUUUGGGUACUUUGAAGUGGAAGAGAGGUGUAGGCAGUCUUAUGAAGCUUGGCAAGACGAGCAGAAAGAACUAGAAGACAGAGAACAAGAAACUCUCAAGGUGCAGAGGGAUAGAGAAGAAAAGGAAUUCCAAGAAGACGAUGAAAAGAGAGAUUGCUGGAUGAAACAAUUUGAGGUUGAAAAGAAAAUGUUGGAGGAAUUUCAAAAGCAAGAAGAGGACAAGAUGAGCGAUGAACUCCGCAAAGAAGAGGAAACGUGGAAGGAGGAACUCCGACGGCACGAGGAAUUCAUUAAAAAUUUGCAGCUACAAAUGGAAGAAGAAAGAACAAGAUUGAAAAACUUACAGGAGAAAGAGGAAAUGCAUUUGUUAGAACGUCAGCAUAAUGCAGCUGUAAAAAUUCAAGCUCAAUACAAAGCAUUUGUAACCUACCAGAAAUACACCCCGAUCAUAAGAGAACGAAUAGAAGUUAAGAAAAGGAAAGCACAAGAAUGGAAAGAAAGGGAAGCAAAAAUACAACAAAUGGUGGAAGAAAAGCAAAAAAGUUUAGAAGAGGAACAAAGGAUAGCAGAAGAGAUAGAAAAGAAAAAGCAAGAGGAAAGGAAAAAGAGAGAAAGAGAAUAUGAAGAAAAGAAGAAUAUCCUACGGCAAGAAAGAGAAGAACUACUAAACAAAGAAAAAUUAAAAUUAAGAGAAAAUACAACCCAAUGGCUAACGAUGAGUAGUACAUUAAAGAAGGGAGACUAUAACGCCAAACAUGUAACUAGUAAUGAUACAUCAAAGAAUAGGAAUGAUUCAGUGAAACUGUUCAUGGAUGAAAACUUAAAGAAACAGGAUGUUUCCUUUUGUUUACUUGAGGAAUCAAAUAAGAGACAAGAUAUAGAAAGACAGCUUAUACUGAAGGAAUCAACACAAGCACAGUUAAAAUCAAACCACACAAUUUUAGCAGAAUUAAAAAUGGCACAAAAAAGUGAAAGCUUAGGGAAACAAACUUCUGAAAACCCAGUUGAACAAGAAAUAAGAGAUGAAAACAUAAACAAAAACACUAAAUUAGAAAGCUUGGACGAGAUACUUUCGGUGGAAUUAAAAACGGAAGAAAAAAGUGCCAGCCUAGAAAAUAAACAAAGUUCUGAGAAAUCUAUUAAGCGAGAAAUAGAAGAUGCAAACUUCGACCAAAAAGUGACAUUUAAAAAUUCAGACUUGAAAGAAAAUGUUAAUGAACAAGAAUUAAAGCUUCAAAUGCCAACAGAAGACAGUGUGGACCAUGCCAUCCAUGAGAAUAUUAGCAAAGAAAUUCAAGUAAUAUUAGAACACAAUCAAGAAGCAACUGAGGUAAAAAGUGAAGCACAGAAAAAAAUCAAAGAUAAUCAACUGAUAGUGGUACAAAACAUAGAAAAUGAGAUAGUAGAACAGAAUGGAUCAGUGAAUCAAGAGGACAGUGCCUCAGUUAUAGCAAAGAAACAAAAAGUACUACCAAUAAAUUUAGAAAAUUCUGAAACUGUACUACAAGAAAAAAGAAUUGAUUCAAAAUCCAAAGAAACUGAAGAAAAGGUGCAAGGAAAUGCUCUAAGUAGUGACAUUGUAAUUUUUAACACUUCUGUUGCUAUUGUAAAUAUAGAAGGCAAAGUAGACAAACAAGACAUUUUUGGUAGACCUGCGCCUUGUGGAGACGUGGGUGGUUAUGAAGCAGGCCAUUCCUUGGUGACCAAAGAAGUAAAUUGUCCUAACUAUGAUCCUAAAGCAAUUCCUGAAGAGUGCUGGGAAAAUAGGGCUAGACACAAAAGUACCAUGGCCUGCUCUGUAUCCGAGUCAACACUUUUAUCCGCUAUUGAGGAAAAGAGACUAGCUUGGAUAAAAUCAUGUAAACCUUGGUUUGAAAUUUGCAAGCAAAACCAACAAAAGAAAAUUGUUCAAAGAAAGAGACUUGUGAAGUGCCCAGUCAACAGUAUGCCCCCUUUGAAUGCAUUAGAAAUUCUUGGUUGUGGCUCUUGGAAUAAUUUACAGCAGGUGACAACCAUUACAUUUCAAGAUCUGCCUGGCUGUAGUCUCUCCACGUUAGCUGAGUGUGUGAAUCUUCAGUUUCUCUCGCUUAGACGCUGUGGAUUAACGUCUUUGCAUGGUUUGAGUAACUGCAAAAACCUUAGAUACAUUGAUGCACAGGAAAACCAUAUUGAGACUAUCAAUUGUGAACAAUUGGAAAAUCUCUCUGUAGUUCUUCUUAAUAAAAAUCAACUGACUUCUUUUCAUGGUUUGGAUGGCUGCACUAAUAUCCAAAAUCUUGAACUUUCACAUAAUAAAAUCACUCGACUUGGUGGUUUAGAAUCUUUGAAAAAUCUUCAGCAGCUAAUUGUGGACCACAAUCAAUUAAUUAGUACCAAAUGUCUUUGUGAUACACCGACCAUUAUACACUUGGAUUGCUCCUAUAAUAAUCUCACUGAUGUGGAGGGCAUUGAAAAUUGUGGAUUGCUUCAAGUAUUGAAAUUACAGGGAAAUUAUCUAAGUAAGCUUCCAUCCUUGGGAAAUCAUGUACUACUGAGAGAAUUAUACUUGGAUGAUAACAGUAUAUCAACUAUGGAAUCAUUUUCUUCCUAUUGGCUGCCUUUACUACAAAAUCUUAGUAUCUCUCAGAACAGUUUGACAAAAAUUGUACCACUUUUUCAUUUUAUUUCUUUGGAAAAACUAGAUGUCAGCAACAAUUGUCUGUCUGAUCUUAAAAAUGCCCUGAAAUGGUUUCACGGAUGCUGUUCUCUCCGGGAAGUGUCUCUCAUUGGAAACCCACUUCUUCAAGAAGUAAACUGGAGGCAUUCUCUACUUAAAAUAUUACCUGCUCUAAGAAUAAUCAAUGGUGAUAAGCUAAGUUCUGACUCAGAAAGCCACAUUGAGGAGCACAGCCUUCUAGAGUCAGGAUACUUCCUGGUGCUUUGUCAGACCCAGAUCCGAGAACUCAAGGUACUAUCUGAAAACUGCAUCACAACAAAAGGGAACGUUUUCACCUUGAAUACAGCAGAAAACAUCCACCACUAUUUUAAGAAACUGAUGACACUUAGUCAUGAAUACAGAUGCGCACAUGAACGUGGGGAUGUAAGUGUCACUGAGCAAGGGGAAGCAAGGGCUCAGCAGAACCAUCGCGCCCUUCCACAGCAUAGUGGCGCCCUGCAGCACGAGGCCUCCCGCGCUCCCGCAAGGGAACCCAACGCUCCCUUACCGCAGGGCACUGAGCAAUCCGUGGACUCCGGCUUUAGUCGCUCCCCCCUGAGCUGCUUCCCUGUGUAUAAAGAUUUAGAAGACAGAAAUCAGGAAAAAUUAGUAUGCCAGCAGAAGCAGGACACCAAGACAAGCAGCAUUAUCACCAGGACGAAGCCGUCGGUGGAAACAGCACUGACGGGUCCUCUGCUGAGGAGUCACCAAAAAAUUGAACACAAUAAAGAAAUUACUGCAGCUGUGACGAUACAGGCACGCUGGCGUGGAUACGUGGUGCGCAGACAGAUUGAGUUCUCUUCAAGGACACAUACUGCUUUAACACAAUCCCUGCCAAAUUCCUUCAGUAAUCAAACUGUUUUAAUGAAAGAAAAAAGUGAAAACAGUAUGACUAUCCAUGCACAGAAGGAGAAGGCUGCUGUUCUUAUUCAGGCAGUGUGGAAGGGAUUUAUUUUGCGAAAGAAACUGACAAUAGCACUAGAAGCAAUCAAGAGUGAAGAAUCUGAAGAAGAAUAUGAAGAAAUAGAUUUAAAUGAUUUUGCCUUUGAUGAAGCUGCCUUAGAGAGAGAGUGGCUCACGGUGGAUCCCACCCGCUUCCCUUGGCAAACUCUGCCGCUCUCUGCCCAGCAGCACCGGCCAAAGACUCCUGGGACCCUGAAAUACAAUGGUGCUUCACUUAAUUUACCAAGCCCUCCAGUUCAAGCCUGGCUGUGUAAUGAGAGAGAGUGUGGAUUCAGUUCAAAAUUUAUUUCCACUGCCAGCUCAGAAAAUAGGAUAUCAGCCUGGACACCUGAAUCAAAGACCAGGAGAAAGAGCUUGCUCAAGUCUGAAAAAGAAGAAAAAAUUUCAGAAGAAUGGGGUUUUAAGGAUAUUUCUACUGCUCAGCAAAUGUUGAAGAGGGCACAAAAAAUGCAAUCAAGGAAGUCAAGGAAAAAUUUAGAUCCUACUGUGCGCCUGGCUUUAUUCAAAAACGGUGGAAAUAAAGUUUCUGCUACAAAAUCACCACAGAAGGCACAUUCCAGGAGAAAUGGUCACUCUGAAGGUAAGGAAGAAGAUUUGCUCUACAAAGACAUGACUGCAAAUGAAAAACUGGAGCGAAGUAGAGCAUAUACAUACCAAUGGCUUCACACACACAUUGGGGUUCCUGAUGCAACCAGUUCCAGAAAUAUAAAAAGCGAUCACUUCUUGCCUGAGUUAGAUCCAGAAGUACUUAAUGGUGGAAGAGUUCAACUUGUGGCAAGGCUUGUAAGCAGAGAAGACAUGGAUUUAGACCUUUUUUCCAUGACCAGUGGAAGCGAUUUGUCUGUGAAUAGAGAAAAAAAGAGUCAGGCACACAGACACUCAGCGGGAUCUUCAAGUAAGUUGUGGUUUCCUUCAGAAUUAAUUUAGAAAUCACAAAUGAAUUGAUGGAACCUAAUGCCAACAAGAAUUCUUUUACGCAUGGGGAUAGGAUGCCAGCAACUGGAGCUGACCCCAAAAAUGUACAUGUGAAUUUUUCUUGCUUUAAAUGUCUUCUUUGGUAUAAACAAAAUUAAAUUA